AUGAACAAACUCAAGGACCUCUCUUGUGUCCUGCAUAACCUAUCCCUCGUCGCCUUCAGCCUGGAAACAGACCCUGCUCCGCAAAACGCCAAUGCGCCCAAGCCAUACCAUCUGCACGAAUGUCGCCAGCUUUUGAGGCUACUUGAGGAAAAGCUACCUGCCCUUGAAACACAGUCCAGAAGGCAGAAGCUGCAGAGUCGCCUGAAAUGGCCCUUCUCCUCUAGUGAAACCAAGGAAAUCUUGACCUCGGUGAGCCGUCACAAGCAAACCAUCAACAUCGCUCUGGCAGCGGAUUCGAUCAGCAAAUUGAACCUCUGUCGAUCUCAGCAAGAGGCCACCGGCGAAAACAUCAAGGAUCUUCAGCACAAUGUGAAAAAUAUCCUCGAUAUCGAGACCAAGAUCUCCUUGGACAGGAAGAGAACUCUGCGGCAUCCUAUGACGGGUCUCUGGCUUACAGAGAGCAGCGAUUUCGAGGACUGGUAUUCUACUCCAAAGGCGAGAAUCUGGUGCAGCGGUAUUCCUGGAGGAGGCAAGUCGGUCAUUGCAGGUACUGCCGUUAGCUAUUUCAACUGCACAUAUAGAGACCCUCUCACAUUCAAGGCUAUCAACAUCCUCUCCUCUCUAUGCUCCCAGCUUGCCUUACAAGCCGAGACAACGUAUGGGAUUCUCGAGGAGUACCACGACGAGUUACAAUCAAACCAUAUUCGCGAGUUGCCAACUACUCCGGGACUUGUCCAAACCCUCUACGCCAUGUGCAAAAUCUUUACACAGGUUUACCUCAUCGUUGACGGCCUCGAUGAAUAUGGUGGCGAGGUCGAAUCGACCGUGGAUGAUCUUGUAUCCCUCUUUCUAGCCGACGCGAACCACAAUAUCCACCUGCGAACUACAAGAUCUUCAACAUGUGGACUGUACUUUGCGAGUCAAUAG